UUCCCUUUGAAAUACGUCCACUUUCCCUCCUCCGGGUUUGCUGAAACAAAAUUUAAAAAAGCUCAGAGGUAACAGCAGCAAGCACUCGAAACCCCCAAAGUAUGCCUUCAAAACCCAAAUCAUCUCUGCCUCUCGCUGAUUCUCUUCCACUCCCACAUCAUGACGACGACGAUGACUUCCAGAUCCCUCUCUCACAAUCACAGCAAGCUUUCACUGUCGCUUCAACCUCCAGAAAACCCCUCAAACCCUCCAACAAUUCCCACCGACCGCCAAAAAAACCCAAGCGAUCUAACAAUCCCGGCAAGGAGAACGUGGCUCCCAACAAUUCUAUACCCAAUCGGAAAACGCCGUCUGAUACCGAUGAAGAGUUAAAAUUAUACGAGAAUUGCAGCUUGGAUUUGAUAGAGUCGAGCAUCGAUUUCAGUCACAGAAAUAUUAAUGUCGAUGACGAUGAGCAUUGUCAAGAUAGAAGUUUUGAAACCAAGAGUGGUAAGGGGAAAGAGGGACUGGAAGUGAAUGUGGGGUAUUUGUGCAAUUCUAUAGAAGCUAGGCUAAUGAGGUCGGGAGUUGAUCCUGGAGUCAAUCCCGUAGAACAUGGGUUAAAUGAGGCUGAUGGGUUGGAGGAUUUCGACGAAGACGGUCAGCUCGACGUGCUAAUUAAGUUAUGUACUGAUGAUUCGAGAGAGGAAAGCAAGGUUACCAGUGGUAUGGAUCUGGGAGGUUGUUUGGUUCAGUGUCCGCUUUGCGGGAUUGACAUUUCGGAUCUGAGCGAGGAAUCCAGACUGGUUCACACUAACGAUUGUCUUGACAAAGAGGAAAAAAACGCCCAAGAAGUUGCUUCUGCCAAAAAUGACGGGGCAACUGACUUAGCACCACAAGUUGAUGAUGUUCUUGUUCAUUCUCCAGGCCAAGUUGUUGAUGUUUCCCCUGUACUUAAGUGGCUACAAAAUUUAGGUUUAGAAAGAUAUGAGGAAGCUUUUGUUCGAGAAGAAAUUGAUUGGGAAUCCUUAAAGUGGCUAACAGAAGAGGAUCUCUUUAGCAUAGGUGUUACUGCACUUGGUCCAAGGAAGAAGAUUGUGCAUGCUCUUGCUGAACUUAGAAAAGGGUGUAAUCUAGUGGCUGAGACGCACAGGGACACACAUGCUUCUGUUGAAGUUGGAUCAUGUAGUAUCCAUGGAGCAGAGAUGCAAGUAGGGGCUUCCAAAGUUAUUGGUGAUGUAACUAGUAAACCAGCUGCAAACAAGUUGAUUACGGAUUAUUUUCCUGGUACUGUCAAUGUUAGAAAGAAACUUGGCACCUUGUCUACAAAAAAGCAAGGACUAGCAAAGAGACACCAAGAUUAUGCUAAUAAGUGUGUGGUGAAAAACCACCCUGUAAACAUUAAAAAGCUCAAAGAUAUUCCCUUGUGGUGCACCAUACCAGGGACGCCAUUCCGGGUGGAUGCUUUCAAAUAUCUUAGAGGAGAUUGUGCCCAUUGGUUUCUUACUCACUUCCAUAUGGAUCAUUAUCAAGGCUUAACAAGAUCUUUCUGUCAUGGGAAGAUCUAUUGCUCCUUGAUCACAGCAAGACUUGUAAAUAUGAAGAUUGGGAUCCCUUGGGACAAAUUACAAAUUUUACCUCUCAACCAAACCAUCAAUAUUGCUGGGAUUGAUGUGACCUGCUUGGAUGCAAACCACUGCUCGGGUUCCAUCAUAAUACUCUUUGAACCUCCCAAUGGUAAGGCAGUUUUACACACAGGAGAUUUUCGCUUUUGUGAGAAGAUGGCAAGCAUGAUUGCUUUACAAAGGUGUCAUAUCCAUACUCUCAUCCUUGAUACCACAUACUGCAAUCCCCAGUAUGACUUUCCAAAGCAGGAGGCUGUAAUACAGUUUGUCAUUGAGGCCAUUCAAGCUGAAUCUUUCAAUCCCAAAACUCUUUUUCUAAUUGGAAGCUACACUAUUGGAAAGGAAAGACUGUUCUUGGAGGUUGCUCAAUUACUCAAAAGAAAGGUUCAUGUUACAGCGGCAAAGUUUCGUCUUUUGGAAUGUUUAGGGCUCUCGAAGGAAGAUAUGCAGUGGUUAACAUUAAAUGAACAGGAAAGCCAAAUUCAUGUGGUGCCUAUGUGGACACUUGCGAGCUUUAAAAGACUGAAACAUAUAUCCAAUCAAUAUGCGGGCCGAUUCAGUCUUACAGUCGCCUUCUCUCCAACUGGUUGGACAUUUGGCAAGGGGAAAAAGAAGUCUCCAGGUAGAAGGUGGCAGCAAGGAACCAUUAUAAGGUACGAAGUUCCAUAUAGCGAGCAUUGCAGUUUUACAGAACUCAGAGAGUUUGUGAAGUUUGUAUCUCCUGAAAAAAUAAUACCAAGUGUAAAUAAUGAUGGACCGGAUUCUGCUGAUACAAUGGUUUCCCUUCUGCUGUCUUGAUUGAUUCACUGCAAGCCAGCAAGCUGGAGGGAGCCCUUUUCUUUGGUUCAGAUGCCAUGCUCUUAGAGAACAGUUCAUCUGUAUGAAUGGUCAGGACCCUAUCUAAGGGUUAAUUUCACUCAUAGUCCCUUGAUUUAGUGGGUUGUAUCAAUAAUAUCCAUCCACUUUAAUUUGUAUCAUAAAAAUUUUUAAA